GUUUAUCGCGGGCCGGUCCAGCGAGUAACCUUGAUCCUUUCGCGAGUCGUCGUACGUGACAGCCGUCGUUCGCCGAGUCCGAGAUCCGAGACCGGUUAGUGUCGAUCGGUGCAUCGUCGAGGCAACAGGCGAAUCUGCAAACAGUUUUCCUUGAGCUGUCGAAGUUCUUUUACGACAGAAUGAAGGUCUUCGUUCACGUUUCUCUCAUUGCUGCGUGCCUAAUCGCGUGUGCGCACGGUCUUCCGGGUGCGCGACGUGACUCAUUGGAGGAUGAUUUAGAGGACACUGUGAGCUUUGAUUUUGCCAUGCCGAACUUCUUUGCUGAGACCGUAAACAGACUUAGGCAAAAUCUCCUGAACUAUUUCUGGAAUAUGCCCGACAUCACGAACAUCGACAUUCCUGAAGGAGCAAAUACGACUUCCACCACUAAGAUUAUUGACGGUCACGUGGUAACAAUCAACGAGACUACGUACACAUCGGGUGACGAGACUAGCGGCACCUCAUUCCGAAUUCGCAUAAUCGACGUGAAGCCGCAGAACGAAACGAUAAAAGACGACAGAGACGAUACUAUUCCGCUCGGCGGCGAUGUUACGCCGAAAGCACAGCCAGGACCGGCGGAGAGCGCUGAAACGGUUGAAGAAUUCAACAACGAGAUACCGAAGUCCGGCGGAGGAGACACGCUGACCGCUUAAAAAUCAACCGAUCACUCGUUAGAAUACGUCGAUAACGAUGUAUUGGAGUUGAUAACACGAAGAGGAAGAAUAAUCCUUAUGUUGGCUGUAGUAGAGUAACUUCGGUACACCAUCGAGUGCACCGCGUUAAAGUAAUAUUAUUGUAAUAUAUAGUUAUGUUUUUCUUGUUGUUUUCUAUCGCUUCUCGACACGAUCGAUUGUUUACGACGUUUACCUACGUCAUUAAAAAAAAUAAAGAUUGCUAUCACUGGAAGGAUAAGCUGGAAUAUUUAUGAAAAUAUAUAGAUAAUAUGAAUUAAAAAGGGAUAUAUUAAGUGGUUUUCAUUAAUUAAACUAAUUAUUUUAUUUUAUUUUAAUAUUAAAGCAAUAAAAUAUCAAUUAAUUCCAAAAUUAAUAACAAUUUUAAAUUAAAUUAAAAUUAACGUGAUUUAAAGCUUAAUAUACGCGCUUGAUGUAGGCAUUUUUUAUACGUUUUAAAAACUGGCAGCUUUUCUAGAAUAUAUCUAAGAGACGUCCAUUAUAUUAUUUUGAUAUAAAAAUAAAAUAUUUUGAGGUUUCCUAUG